UCUCAUGUUCACUCCUUCCUCACUUUCCCCAACCCACCUCUUCUCUCUCUCUCUCUCUCUCUCUCUAAAGAAUGCCCUGCUGUCUUACUUCAAUUUCCAUCACAUAAGUCCAAAGAACCCCUUUUUUUUUUCAACCCGAUUCCAACCACAAGGCCUGCUCUGCAUCUCCCCUGUUUCUCUCGCGCUCUAGUUUUCCAUCAGUUAACCAGACUAAGUAAUUUUGUGGAUAAGGAGAAAACAGAGCCUCUAAAAAAACAAGAACAAAUGUCCUCAAGCGUGUGCCAGGGCCUGCAAUCAUGCCUCGAGUCAAGGCGCGUCGAGCCGCGCGUUCUCAGGCUCAAGCUCGCCCCGCGCAGACCGUCCGCCGACUCCGACGCCGCGGCCAAGAUGAAGGCGGCGGCGGCGGCGGAGGCCCAGCCGGGCGCUGAUGCCGCGGACCGGAGCUUCCUGCACGCUUUCGCCAACGCGGAUGAGAAGGGCGAGGGCGAGGGCGAGCAAGGCGCCGUCUACGUCCACCCGCUCGUGAAAUGCUCCUCCUCGUUCCUCAGCGACCGGAGCCUCGAGAUGUGCACCGAGUCGCUUGGAAGCGAGACCGGCAGCGACGUCAGCGAUGGCGAUGCCCCGCUCCUCUCGCCCGGAGGAGGCAGGGACGGCUACCAUCGCCCGGCAAUUCAGCCGGCGAGGAAGAAGCCUAGCCAGAGCCGCUCGUUCCCGCCCCCACUCACGUCUGUCAGCGGCUCCAUGGGGGUCGAGGUGCGGUCCCGCCGGGAGGGGGGGAGGCUGGUGGUGGAGGCGGUGGUGGUGUCGUCCCCCUGCAACUUCUUCCAAGUGGAGAGGAGCCACGGCCGUCUCAGGGUUCGCUUCUCGGAGGAGAGUGAUGCCCCCGAAACCGAAGCUGAAGAAGAGGAGGAGGACGAGGACGAGGAAGAAGAGGAAGUGGAGGCAGAGAGUGAGGAGGCAGAGGAAGAAGAAGAAGAAGAAGUGAAUGUGACGGUGGAAGGAGAAGACUUUGACUAUGAAGAGUUUGAGGAGGAGGAGGAGGAGGAGGAAGGUAAGGGCAUGGAGGGAAAUGGCGGGUUUGCCGGGGGUGAAAUCGGAAACGGAAAGUGCUUGAGGCCAAGCAUGGUGAGGUGCAAGGAAGGUGCAGCCAUGAAUUGGAAGCCCAAGCCAUGUUGGGUGGCUACUUAAGAGACCUCUCUCCCUAUCAGACACCAAUCACUAUCCUAACUAAGCUCAUUCUCUCUCUCUCUCUCUCGCUUCCAUGUUGCGACCUUCUUAUGUGUAAUGUGAGGUUCGGGGCGGUUGUAGUCGACUACGGCGAUUUGCUAAGGAUUAGGGAUGCACUCGUUUACUGGCUCGACGGUGCGAUGUGCCUUGUCGUCAAUAAUAACAUUAGUUAUGUCCCCUUAGAGGUUCUGCUA